AUGGCUAGCUGCGCGUUACCGACGGACGAAGAGAUAAGCGGAACCUUUUCGGCUCGUCCAUCGGGUGACCACACCGGAGGGCACUGGACAAUGGAAUUCACGGCAUGGAAACCCAGCAAGUUGGCUGAAGAAGACACAUUUGACUCCAGUGAGCAUGUUGCAGUUUAUCGAUUGGGAAAUGGAGUUAGUUUUUUGUCUCAAGCAGCAGCGCGUAAGAACGCAGAAGAAAAGAGAAUGGACCAGUCCACCUUGAUGGAUGGCGCUGAGCAGAAUAGUUGCAGUGGGUCAGAGUUCAGAACCAACGACGCCGUGCGACCCGCUUUUGCAGCCAGUCCAACGGAUUCUUCAAGUCUGCACACCGUUGAAGUUAUCUUUUUCGGUGUUUAUAGAUAA